AUGGUCAGUUCUUGUGGCUCUGUCUGCUCUGAGCAGGAGAACUGCUGCCAGCCCAGCUGCCUUCAGACCACCUGCUGCAGGACCACCUGCUGCCGCCCCAGCUGCUGCGUGUCCAGCUGCUGCCGCCCCAGCUGCUGCCAGCCCAGCUGCUGCAUCUCCAGCUGCUGCCGCCCCUCCUGCAGUAGUUCCAGCUGCUGCCGCCCCACCUGCUGCAUCUCCAGCUGCUGCAGGCCCCAGUGCUGCCAGUCUGUGUGCUGCCAGCGCACCUGCUGCCGCCCCACCUGCUGCCGCCCCACAUGCUGCCGCCCCACCUGCUGCAUCUCCAGCUGCUGCAGGCCCCAGUGCUGCCAGUCUGUGUGCUGCCAGCGCACCUGCUGCCGCCCCAGCUGCUGCCGCCCCACAUGCUGUCGCCCCACCUGCUGCAUCUCCAGCUGCUGCAGGCCCCAGUGCUGCCAGCCCACCUGCUGCCGCCCCACCUGCUGCAUCUCCAGCUGCUGCCGCCCCACCUGCUGCAUCUCCAGCUGCUGCCGCCCCUCCUGCAGUAGUUCCAGCUGCUGUGGCUCCAGCUGCUGCCGCCCCAGCUGCUGCCCCGGCUGCUGCUUCCGCCCAGUCUGUGGCCAAGUCUCCUGCCACACCAGUUGCUAUCGCCCAACCUGUGUCAUCUCCACCUGCCCCCGCCCCAUGUGCUGUGCCGUCCCUUGCUGCUAA